UAGGGUUUGACAACAAAGUAUGGAUUUUCUUGCGCCAGUCUUUUGACAUUGCCAGACAAGAUGUAUUCUUAGAGAUCUUCUUGAGCUACACAUCUUUCUGCAUCUGCCCCAGUACUGUGGAUGACACCCAAUGAAUGGAAAACACAAUCACAUGGGAUUGAGAAGGCAUUGAAACAGGGAGAGAAAUUCUGAGCCUCUGUUUCAUGUGUACUGAAGUAUAAAGUAGCUAUGGUGAUAGAAUCCUGUGCUUCAUGGAUUUUGAAGAGUUUUCAUCCAAGGUGUCACUUUUCAUUCUUGAGAUGUUUCACUUUCAGGUAGUAAAUCAACGCUCUUUCCAACUUCUGCAAGAAUACUUGAAUGCUGCAAAAGGAUUUAGUAGCCCCGAACAGCAUUCUUAUCAUUUUAUAUUUUAUCUCCAUGGUGACACCACUAGUGAAAAACUUGAGAAAGUUGAGGUUUCACUACCAUGUCCACAGGUUCGGUUUCUUUCCCCAAACAGGGCAACAAUUCUGCCCGCGACGCGUGCAGCUCUUGGAAACCUUCUAUUUGCCUGUGGUUUGUCAAGACAUGUUAAAGGUGGUUUAACUGAUGAGGAAGACAGUCUAAGAAUCUCUGAUCUGUUGCAGCAGGCAUCAGAAAUACAGAGGCAUAAUGAAACAUCUCUUUUGGGCAUGGAGCAGAAGUUGGUGGUUGUGAAAAAUGCGAUGUGCAUAGGACGUGGAGUCAGGGUUUCAUUUUGUUCAGCACUGGCAGGCUUAACUCUAAAGCAACAACUAGCAUUGUUGCAUACAUUAGGUAAAGCCUUUGAUUUAUGCAAAGAGAUAAAAUUGCUAGGACAUUCAGUUUUGAUUGGUGAUCGCUAUGGAGUUGAUAACCUUGGGAAUCUCUGGUUAAAUCAUGAAGACAAUGAAGAGAAGUGGUCUGCAUUUUUGUCUGCUGCUGACCUUGUGACAGCCUUGAAGUAUAAGAGAGAAGCAACAUUAAGACGUGCAAAGGAGCUAAAAGUGGCAAAGUUGAUGGAGAUAGAAAUGAUAUUUACACAUGAUUCCUUGUCAAUUCACCCACGUUACUUACGGUUCCUCAAUGAGAUUGCUGAGAGUGCCUUACAACAUGGAGCUGUGGGUGGGGGCAAAUUUUAUGAGCUACCUGUCAAAGUUAUAGGCAGUCCAAAUGAACUUGGAUGUUAUGAAGGAGAAAAAAAAUGCAGUAUGACAACUUUUGAAGUAGAUGAUACCAUGGGAUUUGUGGCAGUUCCAGUUUGGGAGAAUUUGACAAAUAUGUAUUCUUUUAUAGAGCAACAUGGAGAGAAAGCAUUGGAAUCCAGGCAGAGAUUCAAGCAAUUAGAAGAACGCCUGGAAGAGAUGAAGAAAAAAACAAGGAAGUUGCUUAAACUGAGGCAUCUUACUUUUGACAAAGGUCUCUCUAGGGAUAAAUGUCUAUCUGCAUGCACCAGGCUAUCAAGAAGUGCACGGGAACUCACUCGGUACACUGAAGGGCUUUCAAUAUGUUUAUCACAUGAGAAUCAACUCCCAGAGCCUGGUUCCAAACGUCCAUUGUGUCUAAAAUGGGAUUUUAGCAUUUCUGAGCUUUAACAAAUUAAGAGAGCAGGAAUUUCAUCAUGGAAAUUGUUUAGUGUUUAAUCAUAUGCUUGCAUUCUUUGUUUAUUUCUUCUUGCCAUUAGAUAUUCAAAGAUGUUUAGCCAUUGACAUGCAGAUAUGUAAAAGCAUGCAAUAUUGCUUAUUUAUUAACAUAUAUUAUAAAAUUUAAUUGAUAAUAAGAAAUGUGGCUGACUAGAAUGCAUUCUCCAAGUUGAAGGUAAAGUUCUUAUGUUGCAACCGAAACAUGCAAUAAACAAAUGCUGUAUAGUGGCUAGUCUCCGUCAUUGCAACAUUGUUAAAAAUCAAAAGGAAGGUGAUCAUGCUUCACCUUGAAAUAUACAAACGGAUGUAUUGGAAAAUGGAAGGUGAUCAUGCUUCGCCCCGAACAGAUUCUGUUUUUGCAUCCCUUUGCAAACAUAACCAGACAUGAUACCUUUUAUGAUGUACAGAUGAUAUAAUACAAAAUCAUUUCCAGA